GGCAGCAUGGAUAACAGCAGUGGUCCUGUUCUCCUCCUCACCUUGCUCCUGCUGCAGAACACGAGCAGCCCCAAAGCUUCCACCCCUCCUGCUGACUACGAGAUGGCAGAACCUCCAGCCCCGGGGGUUGGCUCCAGCAGGAACCACUCUCUGGUAGAGUACGGGCUGAGGCCAGGGGAAAUCGCAGCUGCCGGCGUGGUCUGGGGAGCGCUGUGGCUGAUCUCUGUCUUGGGAAACUUCCUCGUUUGCUUAGUGAUCCACAGGAGCAGGAGGACACAGUCCACCACCAACUACUUUGUGGUGUCCAUGGCCUGUGCAGACCUCGUGAGCAGCGUGGGGAGCGCGCCCUUCCUGCUGCUGCAGCUGAGCUCCGGGCGGUGGAUGCUGGGCAGCGGGGUGUGCCGGCUGGUCAGGUACCUGCAGUACCUCACACCCGGGGUCCAGGUCUACGUGCUCCUCGCCAUCAGCGUGGAUCGGUUCUACACCAUUGUCUAUCCCCUGAGCUUCAAAGUGUCCAGAGGGAAAGCCAAAAAAAUGAUUUUCGCCUCUUGGCUCUGUGGUGCUCUGUUUGCAUCACCGGUCUGUUUUCUCUAUGGCUCCAGCAGUGAUCACCACUGCAACUUUUUCCUCCCCGGUUCUUGGCAAGGAUCUGCCUACAGUAUUAUCCACCUCCUCUUGGUGUUUUUGAUCCCAUCCUUCCUCAUUAUCCUUUUUUACCAGAAAGUCAUUAAAUACAUUUGGAGAAUAGGCACGGAUGGAAUGACUGUCAGGAGAACAACAAAUAUUGUUCCAAGAACAAAAGUGAAAACCAUCAAGAUGUUCUUAAUGUUAAACUCGAUGUUUCUCCUGUCCUCUCUCCCUUUCUUUGUGGUACAGUUGUGGCACCCACAGGAAACAGAUUACAGAAAGAGCUCCUUGCUUUUCCUGGCCAUCACCUGGAUCUCUUUCAGUUCCUCAGCCUCUAAGCCAACUCUCUACUCCAUCUAUAAUGCAAACUUCAGAAGAGGGAUGAAAGAAACAUUUUGCAUGUCUGCCAUGAAAUGCUACAGAAGCAAUGCAUACACCAUCACCACCAGUUCCAGGAUAGCAAAAAAAAAUCAUGUUGGUAUUGCAGAUAUUCCAGCUACAGCCAAAAGUGUCCCCAAAGACUCCACCUAUGAUGCUUUUAACAGAGAAGCCAAGGAAAGAAAGCUUGCCUGGCCUAUUCCAUCCAAUCCCCCAAAUACUUUUGUCUAG